UAAAAGCAGCAGCGCUGGACCGGAGAGGCAGACCUGGGAUCUUUACAACCAGCAGCACGCCACUCAUGAUUUCUGCCAGAAGAAACAGCAGAGCAUCCCAACUUCUCUGCGGAGGCGGUAUGGAGACGACAUUUCUGCUGCUGCUGAUGGUGUCUUUGACUUGUGCUUCCCCACUGAGACAAACUCAAAGGAUCGGAGCAGACACUAACCUCUCAGGGGGAGACGUCCAGACUCUGAAUUCAGAGAGGUCAGAGAUCACGCAGAGGCUGCAUGCACCCAAACUGAAGAUCAUCCCGUUUCAGCCAGACGGAAAACAGAUUGAGCUUCUCGCUCUAAAACACAGCCUGAACACAAAUUUACGUCCCCGUCGUGCAGCUCUGCGAGGAUGCCAGCUCGGGACGUGCCAGCUUCACAACCUGGCCAACACUUUAUACCAAAUCAGCAAGACGAACGGGAAGGAGGAGUCCAAGAAGGCCAGUGACCCGCAGGGAUAUGGACGAUAGCGCCGGAAAAAAUAACACCUCACAAGAACAGAGGAAGCGACUCCAUUGUUUAAAAAUAUCUACAUGAGUUUAAACUACCUGGUACUGUGCAAAUAUGUAUCGUGGACUUACAACCUCACUGAAAAGUUUAUUUAUUUAAGUAAGAUUCACUGAAUGUAUGUAUUUAGUAAUUAAUCAACGUCACCCAUAUGAAGGGUAAGUCACCAAAGAAGCUGGCUCUUCACAGGGUGCUGUAUCAUAGCAAAUUAAUGGAAAGUUAAGUGAAAGGAAAAAGUGUAGAAGAAUAAGCUACACAAGUAGUGGGGGUAAUAUUAGAAUUAAAAAUGCUUUUUUUAUAUUC